UUUAAAAAUUGCAGCCCGGCAUUGUGACGAUGUUUACAAAAUAAUUGCUCGUUAACAAUAGAAACGUUCAAUAUCAACGAAAUAAUUAAUAGAAUAAUUUGUCUACUCAAAAUUAAGAUUGAAUCCUGAAGUUUAAUAUAGGAAUGAAUUGCACCGCAGACAUCGAAGUAAUAGAACCAUCGAAAGACACAAUCAGCUGUUUAGCGUUUACUCCCAUACAAACGCAGAAUUUCUUAGUUUCUGGAAGUUGGGAUAACGAAUUGCGAUGUUGGGAGAUUCGUGACGAUGGUUUGUCAGUUCCUAAAGCCAUUCAGUUUCAUCAAAAACCAGUUUUGGAUAUAACGUGGAGUUCGGAUGGAACCAAACUAUUUUCUGCUUCGUGUGACAAAACUGUAAACAUGUGGGACUUGAACACUAAUAAGUUAAUUCGUAUUGGUCAACACAAAUCUCCUGUCAAGACCGUUGACUUCAUCACUUCGUCUCGUUAUUCGUGUAUUAUGACAGGAAGUUGGGACAGAACUUUGAAGUUUUGGGAUGCGAAGAGUCCGAAUCCAAUUCACAAUAUCGAUCUUCCAGAGAGAUGUUACUGUGCCUUUGUUAAGUAUCCAAUGGCCGUGGUUGGGCUGGCGGGAAGAACGAUAAUUGUAUACGAUUUGGAAGGAGGUUUCAAAGAAUACAAACGAAUGGAAUCCCCUUUGCCGUGUCAGAUUCGCUGUCUUAUCGGUUUCAUUAAAAAUAAUAAAGCUAAUGUGAUCGUGGGAGGUGAAAUCGGUGCCAUCGCUGUACAAUGCGUAAACGCAGACAAUUGUGGAGAGAACUUUUAUUUCAGAUGUCAUAGACGUGAAUUCUGUAACAUGGUCGAUGUUUAUCCGAUAAACGGAUUGGCUUUGCAUCCAUUUCACGAUAUUCUAGCAUCAGUCGGUUCCGAUGGCAGAUACGUCUUUUGGGAUUUGAAUGCUCGAUGCGCUUUACGAACAUCGAAUUUUUUCGAUCAGUCACUGACCAGUUGUUGUUUCAAUUCGAAAGGAGACAUAUUUGCAUAUUCUUUAGGAUACGAUUGGUCUAAGGGUCACGAAUACAAUAACAAUCGUCGUUCUCGUAUCUAUUUACACCGAGCCACUCAAGUUCCUUUAUCUGGAAUUAAAAUCUGAUUUGUUACUGAAGAGUUUUCAAAUCUUUUCCGGAAAAUGUUAUUUCGUUGCCAGAAAUCUUGCACUUUGAUACCAUAUUUAAAAUUUUUAAAUUAAUUUUAAACAUAAUCAAAUGUAAUAUUAAUAAUUAUAAUAAAAAUUAUUAUUUAAUA